AUGGUGGUAAGGCAGAAAAGCGAUUUUCCGGAUUCUGGUCGUAUCUUGAAGAGGUCAAAGCCACUAAUGUCGGAUUCGGCACUUCAAGAUAAAGAUACUAAUGAUGCGGUGGAAGGCAAGGACAAGUUUGAAGAUAUGCCUAAUUGUGUCGUCCUUCAUACUUUGUCGUUUAUGGAAACGAAGGAUGCUGUCCGGACUUGUGUUUUGUCGAAAAGGUGGAGAAAUCUUUGGACAGGAAUUCCAUGCUUAAAUUUCAACAGCAAGUCAUUCUCCCGAUUGGUUGAUUUCAGGAGAUUUGUUGUGUGUGUCCUUUCCCGUCGAGAUUCAUCUGCUGUCAAAGUUCUUAAUUACUCCCGCACUGGAGUAGAUUAUGCUACCGAUCAAAACCUAUUUAAUAAGGUUAUUGAUUACGUAACGUCACAUGGCGUUGAAGAAAUCCGAGUCAAUCUUAGGGCAAAAGGCCGUGGCAGCCCGCCCGUUGACAUCCCUUUGUCGUUAUUUAAUUGCGUAUCCUUGAAAAAGCUUCAGUUAAAAGAUUGUCAUCCUUCGAAAGCCACUUGGAUUUUACCUUUUGAACCGCCAAAACAUUUGUUGCAUUUGAAACAGUUUACUUUGGAUCCCACUGCACCUGGUCAUCCAUAUUCAUUUGCCGGUUUAGCAAAUAUUUUUGGUUUCGCAACAUUGACAACUUUGAAUCUCUGCAGAUUGACUCUGUCCUUUACAGGAUAUGAAACUCUGAAUCCAUUUGAAAACUGUCUCAAUUUGAAGAAUCUGUUAUUGAGGGAAAUUCGCUUUAUGCUAGAACCGGUCCCUGAGGAUUUCGUGAUAUCUGCUCCUCAACUCAAUAACUUGACUCUAAUGUGCUGCCGUUUUUUUAAAUGUAACCUUGUUAUUGCUGCACCAAAGCUUAUCAGUUUCAACUACUUAUAUGCGGCUCCCGGUGCCAUGUUUGAGUUUAAUAUUCCUUCUGUGCACAACUUUACCAUCAAUAUCUGUGAACCACAAAACAAAUUGGGAGCACCUCAUCAGAAGCCGGGAGAAAAGACUAAACAUGGUUUGAUCAAGAUGUUCCGGGAAGGUCCUGAAGCAGAACUAUCCUUCUCUACAGCUGUGGUUUCCUGUGGGGCUGUCAUCAUGCCAAAGAAAAAAUGUCCAUCUUGCUGCAGAUGCCAAUGGAAGGCGCUGAACUUACGAGUCGGAUCAACAUACAAAGUCUUCGUUAACAAACUUGACCAGAUAACUGCAUAUUUCCGCCAUUGCUCUCAGCAUGGAGAGUAUGAUGUUUUGUCUAUUUAG